CAAGCUAUUAAACUAAUUGAAAAAUUGACAAAGUCCGAACUACAAGAAUGUAUCAGAGAAAUUAAUACAUCGUCAGCUCAACAGAUCAAGAUCAAAACCCAAGGAAAUAAAGCUAAUUUAAUUGAAAAUUUAUUAAAUCAUUUAAAAACAACAUUUUUAUCAAACGAUUGCCAUAACCCAAACAGCAACCUGAAAUUUAAAACAUCUCCAUUUAUUAUAAUUAAUGGACAAUUAGGACCGACAAGGAUUUGCACUGUUGUUCCAGAGAAAAAAAAUGUUAUUCAUUUGAAUUUUCGUCUUGAUCCAAGUCAAGUCGAAGUAUUGAAAACAAGAUCGAAUGGAAUUUAUCAACUACGAUUAUUUUGCUGUUCAGAUGAUGCCAACAGGCAAGAAGCGUUGAUUGAAUUCCCAAAUCUUUGUCUGAUUAAAGUCAACAAAACAAAUGUUGAUGCUAAUUUAAGAGGUUUAAAGAAUAGACCUGGGACAGUUCAUCCUCAAGAUAUAACGGAGCUCUGCAAAAAAGAUUCAUCGUGUGAAAAUAAGAUUGAAUUUCAUUAUGAAAAUACUUCAAAAGAUUAUAUACUUAUGUUAUAUUUAGUGAAAAAGGUAACGGUAGAAGAGAUUGUUAAUAGAAUUAAAAAUGGAAAGUAUAUCUCAAAAGAAAUUGUUCUAGAGAAAAUUAAAAAAUCACGUCAAGAUUCUGAGGUUGUUGCAACUUCGAGUGUAGUUUCAUUGAAGGACACGUUGUCACAUAGUAGAAUUAAUUUACCAUGUAGAUCAAUCCAAUGCAAUCAUCUUCAAUGCUUUGACGUUUACUCAUAUUUUAAGAUGAAUGAACAGACUCCUACUUGGACAUGCCCAAUAUGUCAUAAAAUACUUGAUUCAUGGGAAGAAAUUGUAGUUGAUGGUUUUUUCAACGAUAUAUUAGCAAAUACACCUGUAGAGCAAGAAUGUGUUACUAUUGAAGCUGAUGGAAGUUGGGCAAAAUCAAAAAGAUCUCAUAAAAACAAUUCAUCUGAAGGUGACUCAGGUUCAAGCCCAGGCUCAGAUUCAUCUAAUUUGUCAAAUUCACCCAACGCUGAUUCAGAUAAUUCAGAUGAAAAUGAUUCAGAUGAUGAGUCAGAUGACAAUGAUUAUAAGCAUGCUAAAAAUAAGAAUAUUAAAAACAAUGUUACAAAUAAUAGAAUAUUCAAAAAAUCAAAUAGUCCAAUUUUCAUCGAUCUUACACAAAGCAGUAGUGACGAAGAAAUUGAUAACGAUACGAGAUUUAAUAAAACCAAAGUACACAACCACAUUAAUAAUAGCGAUAAUAAUCAUGUUAAUAUGAACAGCAUUGGAAAUAUCAAUGGCAAUAUCAAUAUGAACAGUAAUGAAAAUGUGGUCAACAUGUUUGAUCUAGAGUUGUUCAGGAAACACUUAAUUUCAAAUACUCCUCCAAAAACUAGUCCAGUAUUUCCUAAACUAUCGAAUCCAAAUACAACAGCAACGAAAUUGUUAACAACAACAGCAUCACCACCGCCUACAACAGCAACAGCUGUUACUCCAAUUGAAUCUUCUGGCAUAAUCAUUCCACAUAAUAAUCAAGAGCCAAUCAUUAAAAUUAUUUUGAUUCCACCUUUAAAAAUAAUAAAGAAAAUAAACAUAAUGCCUAAAGAAACUAAAGAAAAACAUAGUAAACUAAAACUCGCUAUUAACCGAGAAAUCACCCCUGGCUUUGUUGAUACUAGUCCAAGAGGUCAAGAAAUCAAUGUUUCAAAGUUGCUAUUGGAGCAAAUCGAGAAAAUAAAAAAGAAGUCGAAGGCGCUUACAAUAGGCUCGAAAGAUUUCAAUCCAGUCGCUUUCUUGGAUAAAUUUCAUGAAAAAAAAAAUGCUGAAGUGGAGAGCUCACAAGCACCAGAAUAUAAAGUCGAGUAUGAUCGUGUAAAGAAUGUCGUAUCGAGCAGACUUGAAUACUUUAAUCGUGUGUUUACGUGUCAAACUGAAAAAAAGAAUAAAUUAAAAUUGGAAAAAAGAAAUGCCAAAAGAAACGUUGCUUUGCAAUGUAUAGAAACUAUUAAAAAAAGUCAUCUUUUUGAUACUCUGAUUGCCGUAAUUCAAAUAGAAGAUAAUGUGUUUUCCACUGAAAUGGAAGAAGUAAAAUAUUCUUCACAGGCUUUUCUUAACGCGUUUCAUCAAAAAAUCAUCAUAGGAGAUCAGCCUAAAUACACUAUAGUCACACUACCACAACCUAAGCUCAAUAAAGUAGAAGAUAAAAUGGAUGUUGAUGAGCCAAAUAAACAAAUUGAACUUGACGGACAAGAUGAUGGACAAAAUGAACAAAUUAAAAAAACAAAGAACAAACCAGCAAAGUGCUUCAUCUGCAUACUUAAAUAUCUCGGAAAAAAAUUUAAAUCUGGUGCAUAUAAUAAUGUUGAAGAAGCAGAGAGAGAGUCGGCUGAUAAAUGUGUCGCCUAUCUUACACGUAUCAGGCCAUAUGAUGUUCGGCUAGUCAAGGAGCUAGAAUUCAAACGAAAUCCUAACUUGGAUAAAUUAAUUGACUCGCAUAAAAUCAGAGUUGACAAUUUCAAUAUUCAUGAUAAAGAAUGCACAGUACCUCAAUCCAAACUUUGGAUUGAUAGAAUAAUCGCUGAGGAUCCAGACAAACUACCACAUGUAAUACUUCAAGAAUUCUGUCUAAAAUUCAAAAUAGGACAAAUACAUUUCAUUCCAAACGAAGCAGGAGAAGGUAGAUUCAAUUAUACACUAAAAAUUGAUGGUAGAGAACCAGUUAGAACUUCCGUGUGGUUUACCGUUGAGACGGAUGCUAAAGCUUAUGUUGCUAAAAAAGAACUAACUGCGCUUUUAAACUUGUAUGAAAUUAACGAACAAGAGGAACUUUUAAGAGUCGCUAAUGAUUAUAAAUUGAAGAUUGGUUUAAUCAAAUUAAAAGAUGCAAGAAAGGGAUUGGCAGAUGCAGAAAAGGAAUUGAAAGAAAAAGAAAGAAAUUGGACAAAACAAGUAAGCAUAAAUGUGACACAGAUUGGACCAUUUCCUCAGUACCCAAUAGGAGUAUGUAAGAUUCACAAGGCUGUGAAUGGUAUAUGGAAUGAUAAUUUCUAUGAAGUAACUCUGGAUAUUCCAUUUUUGGAAGUGGUCUAUGAUACUACAAAACCUGAUGAGCUUAGGCUUGAGAUUACACCUGUGGGAAUUGCAAACCCAGUGAUAAUUUAUGUAUUAUUAUGUUUUGUAUUGUACAUUGUGUUUUUUAAAGUCCAUGAAUGUGGCUAA